AUGAACAAGGUUGUUCCUGAUGAUGUCCAAAUCCUCUUUCUCCAAGUAGGGACAUGUUCUGCCAUGGCAUUCCAAGAAUUCCUUGUGACUCCUGUUGGACAAUCAUUCAAGAAAAUAUUUGUUGAUGAAUGCCAUGAUAUGAUCAUGUGCCAUCCAAAGAGGAAAAGGCCCUGGGAGCUACUGGCAAAACAAUUUUCUCAAAUGCAGUACCAAAUCAUUCUCCUCUCUGCAACAUUCUCCCCAGCCAUCACUGCUGCCUAUCUUCCUCCCUUUGACCAGCAAGAGAUUGGAUUUCAUAUCCUGCAAGUCCUGCCAAUGCAUGUCAAAGGAGCUUUGCAGCACUUUGUCACUGAACUCCAGUUGAAGAUGGAUAAUUCUGAUUGA